GGACCCGCGUCCUGUCCUGAACAAGGUUCCCCGGCGGCGGCGGCGGCUGCUCCCGCGCCUGGGUGGCGCCGGCGCGAUGUCGGGCUUCAGCCCGGAGCUGAUCGAUUACCUGGAGGGGAAGAUCUCCUUCGAGGAGUUCGAGCGGCGGCGAGAGGAGCGCAAGAGCCGCGAGAAGGAUGGCGAAAAUGCGUCUGCUGAGGAAAAUGCUGAGGAUAUAGAGGCUCCGUCUUCAUCCAGAAAAGCAUCUGGCAAAUCCCAAAGUCAGGAUGAAACUGAUGGAGAAACUUCAGAUGGCGUCAGUAAAUCUGUUCAUCGGGUCUUUGCAUCCAUGCUUGGGGAAAAUGAAGAGGAGGAGGAGGAUGAUGAAGAGGAAGAAGAAGAAGAAGAAGAAGAAGAGGAAGAAGAAACUACUGAGCAACCCACAGCUGGAGAUGUUUUUGUGUUGGAGAUGGUACUUAAUCGAGAGACCAAGAAAAUGAUGAAAGAGAAAAGACCUCGCAGCAAACUUCCUCGUGCCUUGAGGGGUCUGAUGGGAGAGGCCAAUAUCAGAUUUGCUCGAGGAGAACGUGAGGAGGCUAUCCUAAUGUGCAUGGAAAUCAUUCGACAGGCUCCUCUUGCUCAUGAGCCGUUUUCCACUCUUGCCAUGAUCUAUGAAGACCAGGGUGACAUGGAAAAGUCGUUACAGUUUGAACUGAUUGCAGCUCACUUAAAUCCUAGUGAUACUGAGGAGUGGGUUAGACUAGCAGAAAUGUCACUGGAACAGGACAACAUUAAACAGGCUGUUUUUUGCUACACAAAAGCUCUGAAAUAUGACCCAACCAAUGUGCGUUAUCUGUGGGAGAGAUCAAGCCUGUAUGAACAGCUGGGGGAACACAAGAUGGCAAUGGAUGGCUACAGGCGUAUUUUGAAUCUCCUGUCUCCCUCUGAUGGAGAGCGCUUUAUGCAGUUGGCUAGAGACAUGGCAAAGAGUUACUAUGAAGCCAAUGAUGUGACCUCUGCUAUUGAGAUAAUAGAAGAAGCCUUUGCUAAACACCAGAGCCUUGUCUCUAUGGAAGAUGUUAACAUUGCAGCUGAACUAUAUAUUUCUUCCAAACAGUAUGACAAAGCACUGGCGGUUAUUACAGAUUUUGCAGGAAUUGUACUUGAAAAGAAAGUAUCAGAAAAAAGUCCAACCAAGGAUAAAAAAGAUACAGGGGCAGCGGUAGAAACUCAGGAAAGCCAGGAGGCAGUGACUGAUGACCAAAGUAAUCCAGUUGCUGAAUCCAGUGCUGCACCUGUGGAGAAGGUCAGCUGCUGCAUUCCUGAGGGUGUUCCCAUAGACAUCACGGUCAAGCUGAUGGUGUGUUUGGUUCACCUGAACAUCCUAGAGCCGCUCAAUCCUCUUUUGACAACUCUGGUGGAACAAAAUCCAGAAGAAAUGGGUGACUUGUAUCUGGACGUCGCAGAGGCAUUUCUGGAUGUUGGAGAAUACAACUCAGCACUGCCUCUCUUGAGUUCUCUUGUCUGUUCAGAACGAUACAACUUGGCUGUUGUCUGGCUUCGGCAUGCGGAGUGCUUGAAGGCUUUGGGACACAUGGAGCGUGCCGCAGAGAGCUAUGCCAAAGUUGUUGAUCUUGCUCCAUUGCAUCUGGAUGCAAGAAUCUCACUUUCAACACUUCAGCAGCAGCUGGGCCGACCUGAAAAAGCUCUGGAGGCUCUGGAACCAAUGUAUGAUCCGGAUACACUAGCUCAGGAUGCUAAUGCUGCCCAGCAGGAAUUAAAGCUACUCCUCCAUCGUUCGACACUGUUGUAUUCCCAAGGCAAAAUGUAUGGUUACAUAGACACUUUACUGACAAUGCUGGCAAUGCUGUUGAAGGUAGCAAUGAGCAGAGCUCAGGUGUGUUUGAUAUCUAGUUCCAAAUCUGGAGAGAGACACCUCUAUCUUAUUAAGGUGUCAAGGGAUAAAAUUUCUGACAAUGACGACCAAGAGACAGCAAAUUGCGAUGCGAAAGCAAUUUUUGCUGUUCUCACGAGUGUUCUGACAAAAGAUGACUGGUGGAACCUCCUCCUAAAGGCUAUAUAUUCCUUGUGUGACCUCUCCCGGUACAAGGAGGCAGAGCUACUAGUGGAUUCCUCACUGGAAUAUUAUUCGUUUUAUGACGAUAGACAAAAGCGCAAGGAGCUGGAAUACUUUGGGCUCUCUGCUGCAAUUCUGGACAAGAACUUCAGGAAAGCGUACAACUAUAUCAGAAUUAUGGUAAUGGAAAAUGUCAGUAAACCUCAGUUAUGGAACAUAUUCAAUCAAGUGACUAUGCAGUCUCAGGAUGUUCGUCACCAUCGCUUUUGUCUCCGCUUAAUGCUGAAAAACCCUGAUAAUCACGCAUUGUGUGUCCUAAAUGGGCAUAAUGCGUUUGUAUCUGGCAGUUUCAAGCAUGCUCUUGGACAGUAUGUGCAAGCUUUUCGUUCAAACCCAGAUGAACCUCUGUACAGUCUUUGUAUUGGCUUGACUUUCAUCCACAUGGCUUCUCAGAAAUAUGUGUUGAAAAGGCAUGCUCUUCUAGUACAGGGAUUCUCCUUCCUUCACCGGUACUUGGACCUGCGUGGACCAUGUCAGGAGUCUUUCUACAACCUUGGUCGUGGCCUUCACCAGCUGGGAUUACUGCACCUGGCAAUCCACUAUUACCAAAAAGUACUUGAACUUCCUCCUCUCGCCUUAGAGGGAAUAGAAACUGAUCAGACAGACUUGAGAAGAGAUACUGCCUUUAACUUGUCGCUUAUUUAUCAGAGCAGUGGAAAUACUAGAAUGGCUCAAAAGAUGUUGUAUACCUACGCAGUUGUAUGAUGAGGUUUGUGGCAAGGUGGAACUGAUACUCUCUGUAUUAACCCUUGCAUUAUGCAGUGCUGGGGAAACUGGUUUUAUGUACAACUUAUGUACGACUGUGGUCUGGGCACAACGCUGACAUGCUCAAGUGUGUCUGUUACUAGCUUUUCUUCUUAGAUGCAUUGCUCUGUAAUCUGAUACUCAGUCUUGUAUAUAGAAUCAAACAGUGAAAACUGAAGCCUGGUGUGGUUUGUUAGUUGGGUUUUUUUUUUAGGGAAAAUUUACAAUGUGCAAUAUUACAACGAGUUACCAGGUUGCUCAAGAAGCCAUAUUUACUGGUGAUGAGGGUUUUUUAAUGUGCAGCAGUAAAUUACUAUAAUAUAGAAGAAAUGGCCUCAUACUAAUCCCUAGAGGAUGGAGGACUCAGUAUUUUAAGAUCUUUAAAGUAUUCAGAAUUUUCUAUGAGUUCAUAUUCCUGGCAGCUCUUCUAUUUGAAGGAAAUUGUUUUCUGUUUUACUGAAAUCAGUGUGACCUUUGUUGUUCUUCUGAACUUGUUAAUAAAAAUGCUUAGGAUAAUGAUAAUGUUUACUCAUUCUCAGCAAUCUUGCUGAAUAGCUUACAGAAAAAUACAAUAUAACAUCAUACAGCUUAUUAUUUAACAUACAUUGCAAAUAGUCGGGGUUUGUAAUUAUUUCUGACAGUUGAAUGGUAGUAUAUGAUGGUGCAAGCAUGCUGCUUCCAACCCAGCAAGAGAAGCAGGAUGCAAUGCUUUAUCAUAAAGGAGUAUAUGGUUAUAUGUGUAUAUAGAAAUGGAUAUGUUAUGCACUACAGCAAAGUAGUAAGGCUGAAAAAUAUUUUUUAGCAAGGUAGCUUGCUGAAUAGAAAACAAAACCGUGCUGUUGCCUCCCAAGCACUCUUGUUACUUAUGGUAUCACAGCUAACUACUGCUGUUUGCUUUCAGCCCACUUUUAUAUGUGUUUGUGUUCUGUAAUCAUUUCACAUAAUUGCAAUCAGUGAUUAAGAAACAAGUCUGGUGGAGUUGCCUAGACUAAUUUUAAAGGUAAGAAUUUUAUCUCAAAUCAAACAUUAAAUUACAAUAAAUUGCAUGUCCACUUCGCCAGGGUUGGGCUGGGCCAAUAGUGAGAAGAAUAUAAAAGUAAGAAGCAAAUACCAAGAAAGUCUGACUGACCCACAAGAGGACGGAAUGUUUUUCUUGGAAAUAGCACUUGGCAGCACUGACUAAAUACAAGUCCCGUGCCAAGUUUGCAGAACUAUAAAUUAAAUAACUAUAAGCUGCAGAAGAAGGGAGAGGAUGACUCCCUUACCUCCAUAUUAUUUCUCAUUCUUUGUGAUACCGCAUUGCUGUUUCUGACAGGAUAGCAAACAGUUUGCUGUGUGAGCUGGAACUGACUUACAGCCUAUGUACAAGCAUAGCAUUGUUGCAUUAUUAUGGGGUAAAAAUUAUUCCAUUGAAGCUUUCCUUAUUCUUUAUUGGCCUUUUCACAUCACUGAUUUUUUUUCUUCUUGCAGCAAAUGACUCCUGUCCCUUCAUAUGAAAAAAGUUUCUCAUGUCUCAGGAAAUACAGCCCUCAGCACUGAGAUAAUGCUUAGAAAACAGAAGGCAGAAGUCCAGUACACUGAUUCCCUUUACAUUAUUCUUUUCCAAAACUGUCUAAAAUACUCAGAGUCCUAGUGCUUGUACAUUUUUAAAAAUAGACUUGACACAGAGAAAGAUUGUGGGUUUUUUUAAGAAUUGUCUUAAAAAUUGACCAACAUCAAGGCAUUACUAUUAAUUACUUUAUUUCUGAUCCUUAAUAUUGUUAGAAUUCUGAAGUAGUUUAGUUUUUAAACCUAGGAGGUAGAAAUCUUUAGCAUUCAUACAAAUAAAAAGGAAAAAUACGAUCUGAAUUCUGAUUAUUUUUAAAGUGCUUUCUAAAUUGUUUUUAAGCACCAAAUAACAGAAACUUGCGUCUAAUUAAACCCAGUCAAUACGGACUGGAAAAUUCAUACUGCUAGCAAAUAGUGUUCUAGAAGCAUGUUCUAAGCAAUUUUGAGCAUCUGGAAGGAAGAGAUACUAGUCUCAAUGCCAGUGAUCUAAAGCUUUCUCAGUAUUUGUGGAAAAAGCUAUAUUUGAAGAUAGAACUUAGCUGUAUCCAACUUGCAUUUAUGGUUACGAGAUAAACGAUCUUUUAUGAAGAUUCCUGGCAGUGUUCAAGACCAGAUUGGAUGGGCCUUUGAGCAACUUGGUUUAGUGGAACCCAUGGCAGGGUGGUGGAAACUACAUGGUCUUUAAUAUCCCUUCCAAACCUAACCAUUCUGUGAUUUUGCUUUUAUACAACAUUACAGGUAUGUUCUGUUGUGAUGUGGUGCAGUGGUAACAGAUUAGAUGAGACAAGACUUCAGACAAAGCCAGAGACAAAACAUGCUAUACAAAUGUGAGCUCCCCAAUCAAACGUUUGAACAGGCUCAUGUGAACUGAUCUGCUUAAGAGAAAGCCCAGAACAUGAGAUGUGUACAGAAAAUACAUAUGCUGAUCUAGGCUUUAAGUAUAUAGCCAGAGCUGUACUGUCCAGUACAGGGUGGGGUAAGUUUUAAACCACGUUUCACUCGCAGUGCUGCUAAUACAGUGCCUUUUUUUCCAGGCAGUGAAGUUGUGAACAUGUGCUGCACAUUCACCACUGUACUUUAUGUAAGGGAUGGGGGAUACACAAGGGAUUGCAAGUUUGAAACACAAAUAUUUUGGGGGGUAUGAGCAUCUGUGUGGGAUUUAUUUUGGCAUGCGCUGUAUUCACGUUUAGGCUUACCUGGCUCACAAGAACAUUAACACUGGGGGAGAUGAACCCAACAUGUCUCCUAAUUCUCCUUCACGGUAAGGACUAUUUUACUGAAAUGUAAAAUCAUAGAAUGGUUUGAGUUGGAAGGGACCUUCAAAGGUCAUCUAGUCACCCAGACCACCCCACCCCCAAAAUGAGCAGGGACAUCAACUAGAUUUGAUUGCUCAGAGCCCUGUCUAAUAUGAUCUUGAAUGUGUGGGAACAAACAGCAAGGCAGGAAAAGCUUGAAAUCCAGCCAUUAUAAUUUUGGGAAGGCUUUCAUAAGUCACUGGGAACAAGUGACAAAGAGGGAAAGAAUACUUAAAUCAAUGCCAGCCUCACCUGUCAGCAUGUUGGGAAUAUUCCUCAAGCCUCAUUAAAAGAAUUAGUAACAGUUUGGUCAACCACACUACAUAUAUUGUCAAACUACUUGGUUUAACCAUGAUAAUUUUGUCAACUGUUUAUUGCUAAAGAACUAUUUUAUAUAAAACAAACACUAACCCAAGGCAUACUUAAAAGACUGCUCAUAAAAGCAUCUACUGAUUGUCGUAAAACCAGAAUCAUACCUUUUCAGUUGUGCUUACCUGAUACCAGCAUUAGCAAGUGUAGAAAGAAGUUUGCCGUCUACAUUUGACGAAGGCCACAGAUUGAAAAG